GUUGUAGUUGCCCGCUGGAGUAUGGGUUUUUCACUUUGUGCUGUCGUUGACUGCUAACUGGCUGUUUGCCGCCACUUUUAAACUGAGCGUAGUAAUUUAUAGUCAAACAGUUACUUCGUGGCCAUUCAACUAAACCGACGCAGUGGGUAUGCGCGCUACCGCCACAUAUCUUUUACCACAUAAUCGAGGAGCAUAGAAAUGGUGUAAAAGUUUCAAUUUCCAUUUCGUGCAAAGUAAAUAAUUUUUAUACACUUCUGCAGUAAAAAUUUUAAUUAAAUUGAUUUGUGCGCAUUGAUAAGUUAUUCUGAAGUACCGCAGUUAACUUCUAAACCGCGGCUAACAGUUGCAAUUCGAUUUCGACGCUUUACAAUUGCAAACCAGUUAAUAGGCAUAUAAAACGCAAUGAAGCGUUUUACAGCUUCAGCAGAGCUCUUGAUCUUCACAGCCAUAAUUGCCGGCUGCUGGUCCAUUGGCGUGUUGGCCGAGUCCUCAACCUUGCAAACGGCCAAGCAGUGGAAGUUGUUUACCUAUAACUUCCUACCACAUGCGCCGAUACACGAUUUGAAUUUCUACAAUCCAUCCAAUGUGCUUGCAACCGGUAUUGCGGUCUCCUACGACCGGAUUUUCAUAGCGACGCCGAAAUUGUUCUCUGGUGUCUCGUCCGCCGUCAAUGUCGUCUCGAAGGCGGAAUUCGGUGAUUCACCGGUGUUGCAGGCCUACCCAGACUGGUCGUUUUCCACAACCGGUCGCACAGAUUUCAACUGCAGCGAUUUAGUUCUGAUCUCUGUGUACCGCAUGCGCAUCGACUCGUGCAAUCGCUUAUGGCUUCUAGAUGCCGGCGUUUCGCGUUCGCUCGAAGACUACGAAAUCACUUGUCCGCCAAAAAUUUUAAUUAUCGACUUGAAUACCGAUCAGGUGGUACGUCGUGUGGACUUCCCAAAAGAAAUCUUACGCGGCGAGUCUUUGUUUACGAAUUUGGUGAUUGAUGAGGCGACAGCGAAGCACGGCAAUUGUGAUGAUGUGUUUGCAUAUAUCUCAGAUACGGUGGAGCCAGGAAUCAUUGUCUAUGACAGCGGACGCGAUGUUACUUGGCGCGUAUCACAUCCUGCAAUGUAUCCCGAUCCAGACUUUGCACAAUCUGAGAUACUCAACGAUCGUUUUAUACUGAUGGAUGGCGUUGUGGGUUUAGCAUUUGAUCAGAAAUUGGGUGUAUUAUACUUCCAGCCUUUGGCGACUGAUCGCAUAUUUUCAGUGACCAGAGAGGUGCUGCGCGCCGGUCCGCUCGCACAAAACGAAAUCCUCAAAGUAAAAUUGGUCGGUAAGAAAUCAUCACAGGGCAUUGGACUUACCGUUUCACCCAUCGAUAGCAGCGUUAUUUUCAGUCCAUUAACUGAAACAGCCAUUGCCGCCUGGAAUCCCAGCAACAAUAAUCAAGUUGUGCUUGCACACGAUCGUGAUCGUUUGCAAUUUGUAGCCGACAUGACAACAACACCGCAUGAACCCGGUGUUUUUUAUGCUGUCUCCUCAAAGUUUCAUCGUUUCUUUUUGAAAAAUCUCAACCCCAACGAAGUCAAUAAUCGUAUACUACGUCUGCCGCUGCCAAACGGUUACAGCGCACCACAUAGUUCCUCGAUCGAUUUGCAUACAAUCAACAAAGCUUCCAACUACUUUGGCAGUCCAUAUAAGGCGAAUUAUCUGGAUAAAGCGAAUGUUGUGAGCUUUGGUAAUUAUGUCUACAAUAGUUUGCAUACACCGGUGAAACCUCAACAACCGUAUAAUUAUGAAACAGUUGGACUAGUAAAUUUCUCUCUCCGCAACCCCUUCACGGCACUCAAUGCGGGUGAGUCGUUCCCACCGCGCAAAGAACAACGUUCAAACGAUCAGCGGCCCUCAUUUCUGGAUACUUUGAAUAGAAGCGAAGGUGUUAUUACUAGCAGUGAUUUGCGCUACCGCGCACCAACAACAGCAAUACCAAAACCAACAACUCAAAACAGUUUACACACUGCGGUGUUACCAUUCGGUUCCGACUAUAGUCUCCGCCGGCAUUUACGUAAUACCGAAGGUCAAAAGGUAACCGAUGCAACGGACCCAACUGCCAACAAGCAGUAGGAUAGGUGUGGGACAGUAGUUAAACUGCUUAUGUAGCAGUGUGCGGUCUAAAGUCAAAACUUGUGUGCCUCUGUACAUUACACUAUGCAACACUUAUACACUUAUUCGUUCGUUAUUAUUCGUGUGUAUCGUGUGUGUAAUCUAAUUUAUGUGUGUUAAAGUUGUUAGUAUAUUUAGUAGAACUGUAUUUUAUAGUUAUGUAUAUACUCGUUUAUAUGUACACGCACACAUAAACCUAUUAUUAUAUAUGUACAUGUGUAUAGGUACAUGAACUAAAUAAUUAUACUCAUAUACGUAAAUGUGUGCACAAAUUUAUGUAUUCGAGGAGUUACAGUCCAUAGAACUCACUUAACUUGUAUUGUAAAUAUACUAAUAAAAUAAUUAUUAUGCGCCAAAUCGCCAAAUA